UGGCACUGCAAAAAUUGGAUUAAAGCAGUAUGCUGGACAAGAGCGAGGUGGCAACUCUAGGUCUUCCCUCCACCACCAGCCAUGGAGGCUCUGACAGCAACAUCAGUGCGGACGGAGCGGCAGCAGCAUCUGGGGUCACGUCCGGGGGUGCUGAAUGUUCGGGGUCUGGUGAGCCGCAGCGGACGCGUGUUGCCUUGGAGCACCUGCAGCAGAAGAUUCUGAAGGUCACAGAGCAGAUUCGCGUGGAGCAGGAGGCCCGUGACGACAACGUUGCAGAGUACCUCAAGUUGGCCCACAACGCAGACAAACAGCAGGCAUCCAGGAUCAAGCAGGUGUUUGAGAAGAAGAACCAAAAGUCAGCACAGACCAUCGCACACUUGCACAAGAAACUAGAGCACUAUCACAAGAAGCUAAAGGAGAUAGAACAGAAUGGACCGGCCCGGCAGCCUAAGGAUGUCCUGCGGGACAUGCAGCAAGGACUAAAGGACGUUGGGGCAAAUGUUCGUGCUGGGAUAAGUGGUUUCGGAGGUGGAGUAGUCGAAGGGGUCAAAGGCGGAGUAACUGCCCUCACUCAUACAGCUGUGGUCUCCAAGCCGAGAGAGUUUGCCAGUCUUAUCAGGAACAAGUUUGGCAGCGCAGAUAACAUUGCUCACCUAAAGGACACACUCGAGGACGGAGUCGGGGGCCACUCUGAGGACACCCCCACUCCUCGUGCCCUGAGUGGAAGUGCCACUCUGGUCUCCAGCCCAAAGUACGGCAGCGACGACGAGUGCUCCAGUGCCACGUCCGGCUCAGGAGCAGGCAGUAAUUCUGGUGGGGCAGGUGGAGGAGGGGGGCUGUUAGGUCCGACGAUGGGGAGUCCCAGACUGGACGGGCACCACCACCACCACCAUCACAUGCACAGCUCUUGGGACUCUCUGCUUGAGGGCCUGCAGGAGAUCAAGGCCAGCCAGGCACACAUGGAGGACGCCAUCGAGGACAUGAAGGGCCAGCUGCAGAGUGACUACUCCUACAUGACACAGUGCCUGCAAGAAGAGAGAUACAGGUAUGAGCGACUUGAAGAACAGCUGAAUGACUUAACAGAGCUGCACCAGAAUGAGAUGACUAACCUUAAACAGGAACUCGCCAGCAUGGAAGAAAAAGUCGCAUACCAGUCCUAUGAGCGAGCAAGGGACAUUCAGGAGGCUGUGGAGUCGUGCCUGACCCGCAUCACCAAGCUGGAGCUGCAGCAGCAACAGCAGCAGGUCGUCCAGUUGGAGGGAGUGGAGAACGCCAAUGCUCGAGCUCUGCUGGGCAAACUCAUCAACGUCAUCCUGGCGCUCAUGGCCGUGCUGCUGGUCUUCGUCUCCACCUUGGCCAACUUCAUCACCCCGCUGAUGAAGACCAGAGCCCGGGUAGCCGCCACCGUCCUGCUGACCUUGCUGCUCUUCGUCCUGUGGAAGCACUGGGACUUCCUGGAGCCGUGGCUGCUGCCCAGCUGAGCUCACUGCAUGAGAGAGACUCCAGGGGGGGACCAGAGCAGAGAACCACAAGCUGGUUUCUCAGUCACCACCACUUACGGACACAGAGACUGAACCAGAAUGAGAUCCACUUGUUCCCUUUGAGUGUAAAGAUGGAGCAUCUGAGGACAAAACAAGGCUCUUUUAGUUGAGGAGUGGACAAGAUCCAGCUGGCAGAGUGUGUUUAGAGGUGUUUACAGUGAGAAGGAAGAAGGAAUAGUCUGCUUGCCAAGCAACAAAAGACAUCAUCUCAUCUCCCCUAAAUCUAUUGGUGUGGAUGACCAAUCAUCAGUUGCAUUGCUGUCACCAAAAACUGAGUUUUACUGCAAGAAAUCUUUGGAUCGUCUUUUUCUAAUUAUGUAUGAUCCAUGAAUUACAAAGACUAGAGCAACUUAAAAUGACUUUAAAAUGCUGAUUAUGUUUGCUGUAACCUUCAUGUUGAAGCUACAGUAUAUUUGAGAGGAAAAGGGUUUUUUU